CCCGCACAUCCCACCUUCGUUUUUGACGUCUUCCUCCCUCCUUGGCUCCCUCUGCUUUGUGUCGCGUGCUUCCCGACGCUCGAGUCCGUCUUCGCUUCAAUCGCAUCUGCAUCCGCCUUCCUCAUCUCUGCGACCGGGGCUCGCGUGCGACAUCGCCAGGUGCAGUGCAGUCAUCACGAGUGGGGCCGGCAGUUCAUUUCCUUAUUGUUCCCACCACCGAUCCUUCGACGCCGACCAUGUUGUGGCAGCCUUGAAACGAUGCGCAGCGGAACAACAUAGAGCCUCCGUCCUCUCCUCGCCCUCCCUUCCUCACAGAUAUGGCGUACGAUGCGAGCUCGGCUUAUCAGCCCCCGCGCAGACAGUACUACGCUCAAGCGCAGGCUGCUGCACCGCCGCCGCCGACUCAGAAUGGCUACCACUAUCAACAACCACAAGAGCAGUAUCAGCAAGACUACUAUGCGCCGGCGCAGCAGUACGAGCAAGGCUAUGGUCAAGAUUACAACCAGUGGGGCGGUGGUUAUGAUGACAUGAGGGGACACCAACCGUACGCCAACGAGCAGUAUGAAAGCAGUGGUCGCAGCCCGAGGAGAGCACCCGCGGAGCCACAGUCGUACGGCCAUGGCUACGCUGCGCAGUCGACCCAUCGACAGCGUGAUGACCGUCAAUUCGAUCCCCGCUAUCAGCAGAGACCGGGGAAAGGCCCUUCACAUUCCCCGAAUCGCGGGAGGCAGCCGGCACAGCCACAGCAGCAGUAUCAACAACAACCGUACCAAAGCCAGCAGUCAUCCAGCAGAAAUCAAGAGCAGAGAUUCGAGUCCAGGCGCGCAGAGGUGGCUCCGCAGCAGAGCUACGACUCCCAAUCCCGAUCCGCACAACACACUGCGCAAGCACCAGUCUCCAGACCCAAUCCGAGGAAUGCACGCAUGUACCCAGGAGAAGCCCAGUCGCAAAAGCCCCCGCAACAUCCAGCUAUAUCCCACUCUCAGCCACCACCUCAAUCGUACAGCAAACAAGUCGCGCAGGCCGCCAACCUGCCAAUGCCACCCCCAAUCCGUGAGUCUGGACGGCCUUCAACCGCGCCAGGCAGGCCGUCGACGGCUCCUCAAUCCCGCGGAAGAGCAGAGCGCGAUCCCGCCAAAAUGACCAUGGAGGAGUGGAAGGCAAAGGAGCGCGCGAGGAUGCAUGCCGAUGCUGCCAUGCCCGAGGCGAUGGCCUGGGACAACGCCUUCCCCGUCUUCCCCACUGUACGCGAACGUUCCAAAGCCCGCUCGGGUACCAGCAGUGCCCGGGCCAGUGGAGAAUUCCCGAGACCAGGCACCUCGUCCAGCAAUAGGCACGAACGGAGGUCGAGCAAAUCUCGCGCUUACAGCGACACAACUGCAGCGGCUGCGAGUGGAACACAACUGCAACCGGCGCGCCCUCAUUUAGAUCACAAGUCUCAUUCGUAUGACCAGCCCACCGACAGCGCCGUGGAGUCGCCAACUGCUUCGGCACAGACGCAAUACCGCCUAGUCAACCCAUCGCCUAGCCCUGUGCACCAGAGCACAUUGCAACCACAGCAGUUGCCGACACCUCCGCCACAUCACUCUCCGCUUCCAUCCCCUACGCCGUUGCAGAGAUUCGAGCUGCCGGAGUCAGAUUAUGGGAGCCAGCCGCCACCACCGCAGGAGACAGUUCAACCACGCCAACCACCGCCGCGUGGCCCGAUGCCCCAGCCUAUCGAAACCCGAUCUCUGCAUGAUGAGCGUGCACCAUCGCUGCAGUCAUGGGAUCAACAGCCAUUGAACCCCGCGCCUCUCCAAACCCGUCCCGCAACAUCUGGCGGUCAACGUGCGGAUCGAAUGCAACAACCCGCACCGAAUCCGCUGCCAGCACUCGCGCAUCUGGAAAACGCCAAGGGUGCUCCAGCUGCACCGUCCAAUCGACAAGAGCCGCAACGCCAAUCGUGGUCCUUACUACCACUCAGGCACCGCGAUAAUGAGCCCUCGCAUGAACAGUCCUACGAAGUGGAGACUCCAUCCAGCGCUGUGGCGCCCACACCUACGUCUGCCUUGACGAGAGACGAUGAGAUUGAAGCCGAGAUGCCGGACUUCGACAGUGCUGCCCCGGGGGGCACAUCACUUUUGCAUAAAAGGAAUCAACAGCUGCAGGAGAGUCCUACGCUGCCCUCUUCUCCAUCUGUGCCCGCGCUGCCUUUGGCUGCUACACGCGGUGAAUUGCCGUCACGGGCGCAGGAAGGGAAUGCGUGGGCUAAUGUUCCACCGCCUACGCAAAGUCAGCCUCUGGACGGUCAUCAACAGCCGCAGUCGAGUUACUUUUCCGACGCGCGUGGAUUGGAUCAGCGUGGCUUGCGUGAGAAUGUAGACGGCGGGUACGCGCGUGGUCGGGAACAAGCACAGCCGAGUUACGCCUCAGCGCCACAUGCGGGAGAUCAGCGUGGUCUACGACAGGAUGCGAAUGGAUUUGUAUAUGGACGCCCGGAACAGGACAAUCCUAGGAAAAUAGGAGCUUCCUACGGUCAGUCUCCGCCACAGCAAGUGCAGCCUCAUCGCCCUCCACCGCAAUCCUACGCAACCGAACAAUUGCAACGUCCUCCGCAGCCACCUUACGCGAAUGAACAGCCUCGACGGUCAAUGGACGAUGAAAGGCAGAUGCCACAACGGCCCGGACCUCCCUCGGCGCAGCGGCCUUACGGACAGCCGCAACCUCGAGACCAAUACGCUCCCCAAUCUCGUUCCAACAGAGGUCGUAACACGCCUGGCCUCGCUGUGCAGACCUCCUUGCCUCCGUCUGGUCGACAGGACAGCAUUAACAGUGCUCCGCCGACUCAGCAGUCGUUUCGAGAGCUGCCACCACGCACGCAAAGUCGAACACCCCUGACGAGUCCAAGCCACUCCAUGCCGGAGUCGCAGUCUCGGAGCCCAGACGCACUACCUCAUCAUCCCGUCCCCGUCCGACCAGGACACAUCGCACAACCCCCCAAGCCCGCUCCGGUACGGAAUCAUGGAGGUCCACCGCCUACUUCCUCCCAUCAACGACAGCCUUCCAACUCCGCCAGCAAAGCCUCGCGACCCGUCACCGCAGCAGAGAUCCAGCAACUCCAAUCCGCCGUCACUGCGAACCCGAACGACAACAAACGCGCCUUGCUCCUCGUUAAGAAGUUGGUGGAAGCCUCGAGUGUCCUCGCAUCCGACAACGGCCGUGCUGAUCGCCAGACCCAAGCCCGCAACCGCGAAAAGUACAUUGGCGAGGCCGAGAAGCGGCUCAAGAAACUCGUAUCCGCCAACUAUCCAGACGCCCAAUUCUAUCUCGCCGAUUGCUACGGUCAAGGCACGCUAGGCCACGAACCUGAUGCUCGUGAGGCCUUUCGCCUCUACCAAGCGGCUGCAAAGGGUGGGCAUGCGCAAGCCGCGUAUCGCACGGCAAUGUGCUGCGAGCUCGGUCCCGAAGACGGAGGGACAAGCAAAGACUUCCAGAAGGCUGUGCAAUGGUACCGUCGCGGUGCGGCCCUGGGCGAUUCACACGCCAUGUUCAAGAUUGGCGUGAUCCUUCUCAAAGGUCUGCUGAAUCAGCCCAAGAACAUCGCCGAGGCGGUGAGCUAUAUCAAGCGGGCGGUGGAGCACGGUGGCACCGAGAAUCCGCAGGCCCUGUACGAACUCGGCCAGCUGUAUGAUUCAGCCCAGACGAGCCCCGAGAUUCGAAGCAAAGUCCCCGCGGACAACAACAAGGCGCUCGACUUGUUCCACCAAGCUGCCAGUGUGGGGCAUCGCGUCUCGCAGUUUCGCUUGGGUCAAGCGUACGAGUACGGUAACCUGGGCACCGCCAUCGACAACCGCGCGAGCAUUACCUGGUACACCAAGGCAGCGGCGCAGGGCGAGCAUAAUGCGGAGCUGGCGUUAAGCGGAUGGUACCUGACAGGUUCAGAGGGUAUUCUGGCGCAAAGUGAUACUGAGGCGUACCUGUGGGCGCGCAAAGCUGCUGCCGCGACUGAUCCACCCCUUGCCAAGGCCAUGUUUGCUAUGGGCUACUUUACCGAGACGGGAAUUGGAUGUCCGAAGAAUGGAGAAGAGGCGAGGAGAUGGUAUGCGCGGGCUGCUUCUUAUCACUUUCCCAAAGCGCAAGAACGGCUGGAGGAAUUGCGGCGAAAUGGGAGCAAGGGGUCGAAGGCUGUCAGUGGAAGGCCUUCGAGGAAGGAUCAAAAGAAGGACGAGGAGAACUGUGCGGUCAUGUAAUCAAUGACCUUCCUCAUUCGGCGUUAUGCGUGUGUACGAUGACGAUGCCUGCAAUGUCUCGAUGUGGAAUGAGGCGAUGGGUGGCUGUAUAUCAAUAGGUCUUGCAUGUGUUUAGGUGGAUAUAUACGUACAGAA